CACACGCUUGCAUCAUUCCUGCGUGCCGCCGGGUGCAGACAGCCAUUCAAAAUGGUGGAGCCGGUUCCAGAGUCUGUCAACUUUCCUUUGGAGGAGGAGAAGAUCCUGAACCUGUGGGACGUGAAGGACUGCUUCCAGGAGUGCCUCAAACAGUCCAAGAACAGACCCAGGUACACCUUCUACGAUGGCCCUCCCUUUGCCACCGGUUUACCUCAUUACGGUCACAUCCUGGCCGGGACCAUCAAGGAUAUUGUGACUCGCUUUGCCCACCAGAGCGGCUUCCACGUGGACCGCCGCUUCGGCUGGGAUUGCCACGGCCUGCCUGUGGAGUACGAGAUCGAUAAGACUUUGGGGAUCAAAGGACCUGAAGACGUGGCUAAGAUGGGCAUUGCUGAGUACAACAAGCAGUGCAGGAACAUCGUCAUGAGAUACUCCAAUGAGUGGGAGACUUCAGUGAAACGAAUGGGCCGCUGGAUUGACUUCAAAAAUGACUACAAGACUCUUUACCCGUGGUUCAUGGAGACCGUCUGGUGGGUGUUUAAACAACUGUACGACAAGGGUUUGGUGUACCGAGGUGUUAAAGUCAUGCCCUACUCCACCGCCUGCAACACCCCCCUCUCCAACUUUGAGUCCAACCAGAACUACAAGGACGUUCAGGAUCCCUCCGUGAUCGUCAACUUCCCCCUGAUUGAGAACGAGCAGAUCUCGUUGAUUGCCUGGACGACCACGCCGUGGACGCUGCCGAGCAACCUGGCCCUCUGUGUCAACCCCGAGUUACUGUAUGUCAAGGUCAAAGAUAACAGCACAGACAAGAUGUACAUCAUGAUGGAGGCCAGACUGGGAGCUCUGUUCAAGUCCGAGAGCGAAUACACCGUCCUGGACAAAUUUCCUGGCAAGGUCCUGAAAGGGAAGAAGUACAAGCCUCUCUUCCAGUACUUUGUCAAGUUGGGGGAGAAAGGAGCCUUCCAGGUGGUGGUGGAUAACUACGUCAAGGAGGAGGAGGGCACAGGAGUCGUCCACCAGGCACCGUACUUUGGAGCUGAUGAUUACAGGGUGUGCGCUGAAUACAACAUCAUCCAGAGGGACCAGGCUCCUAUCUGCCCUGUGGACGCCUCGGGCUGCUUCACUUCAGAGGUCACUGACUUUGCGGGACAGUAUGUCAAAGACGCUGACAAGAACAUCAUCAAGUGGCUGAAGGAGAACGGCCGUCUGAUCAAUGCCAGCACCUUCAAACACAACUACCCCUUCUGCUGGAGGUCUGACACUCCUCUGAUCUACAAAGCCGUCCCCAGCUGGUUUGUCCGAGUGGAGCACAUGGUGCAGAAACUGCUGGACAACAACGGGAAGUGCUACUGGGUUCCAGAGUUUGUUCGUGAGAAGCGUUUCGGGAACUGGCUGAGAGACGCUCGCGACUGGGCCGUUUCCAGGAACCGCUACUGGGGGACGCCGAUCCCCCUCUGGGUCAGCGACGACUUCGAGGAGGUGGUGUGUGUGGGGUCCAUGGCGGAGCUGGAGGAGCUGAGCGGAGUCAAAGUAACUGAUCUGCAUCGGGAAAGCAUCGACAACCUGACAAUCCCGUCUCGGUGCGGUAAGGGCGUGCUGCGGAGGGUCACCGAGGUGUUCGACUGCUGGUUCGAGAGCGGCAGCAUGCCCUACGCCCAGGUUCACUACCCCUUUGAAAACAGGAAGGAGUUCGAGGACACCUUCCCGGCAGAUUUCAUCGCCGAGGGCAUCGACCAGACCAGAGGAUGGUUCUACACCCUGCUGGUCCUCUCCACGGCGCUGUUCGGCAAGCCGCCCUUCAAGAAUGUCAUCGUGAACGGACUGGUGCUCGCCAGCGAUGGACAGAAGAUGAGCAAGCGCAAGAAGAACUACCCGGACCCGACGCUGAUCGUGCAGAACUAUGGCGCCGAUGCCCUCAGGCUGUACCUCAUCAACUCUCCUGUCGUGAGAGCGGAGAACCUGCGUUUCAAGGAGGAAGGAGUGCGAGACGUGCUGAAGGACGUCUUCUUGCCGUGGUACAACGCCUAUCGCUUCCUGGUGCAGAACGUGCAGAGGUUACAGAAGGAGGAGGACAUUCAGUUCUUGUACAAUGAAAGCACUGCGAAGCAGAGUGACAACAUCAUGGACAAGUGGAUUCAGUCCUUCACGCAGUCGCUCAUCCAGUUCUUCAAGGCUGAGAUGGAUGCGUACAGACUCUACACUGUCGUACCUCGCCUGGUCAAGUUUGUGGACAUGCUCACCAACUGGUACGUCAGGACCAACCGAAGACGCUUAAAGGGUGAGAGUGGCACUGAGGACUGCCUGUGGGCGCUGGAAACCCUCUUCAGUGUUCUGUUCUCCAUGUGCAGGCUGAUGGCUCCCUUCACACCCUUCAUUACCGAGAUGAUGUACCAGAAUCUGCGUCACCUGGUUGACCCCGCGUCUCUGGAAGAGAAGGACACCAGCAGCAUCCACUACCUCAUGCUGCCUCAAGUCAGGGAGCGUCUGAUUGACAAGCGCAUUGAGAGCGCCGUCUCUCAGAUGCAGUCGGUGAUCGAGCUGGGCCGAGUGAUCCGAGACAGGAAGACCCUGCCUGUCAAGUACCCUUUGAAGGAAGUGGUUGUAAUCCAUCAGGACCCAGAGGCCUUGAAAGACAUCCAGUCCCUGCAGAAAUACAUCCUGGAAGAGCUUAAUGUGCGACAGUUGACACUUUCAACGGACAAGGACAAGUACGGCAUCCGCCUGAGAGCUGAGCCAGACCACAUGGUGCUGGGCAAGAGACUAAAGGGGGCCUUCAAAGCUGUCACUGCCUCCAUCAAGGAGCUGAGCAGCGAGCAGCUCGAGGCCUUCCAGAAGACAGGAUCCAUUGUUGUGGACGGCCACGAGCUUCACGAGGAGGACCUGAGGCUGAUGUACACCUUCGACCAGAGCUCUGGCUCAGCUGCGCAGUACGAAGCACACUCCGAUGCUCAGGUCCUGGUGCUGCUGGACGUCUCCCCGGACCAGUCCAUGGUGGACGAGGGCGUCGCCAGAGAAGUCAUCAACCGCAUCCAGAAACUACGCAAGAAGGGGCACUUGGUGCCGUCGGAUGAGAUAACGGUGUACUACCGCUGUCAGCCAGAGGGGGAGUACCUGGACUCUGUGAUCCAGGCUCACAAGGACUUCAUCCUGGCGACCACCAAGGCUCCUCUUCUGCCCUUCCCCGUUCCAAAGAGCGCCAGCACCAUCAUCGAGGAGAAGACUCAGCUGAAGGCCUCAGACUUGGAGCUGACCAUUGUUAAAGGAUCUUCGGCUCCUCUGGCUCCUCUGAACGGACCUGCCUGCUCCUACGUCAACGUCAGGGUGAAGGUCAACAACAAGCAGCAAGAGGGCGUGGUGCUGCUGGAGAACCCCAGAGGGGACAACAGGGCCGACUUUGACAAGCUGAAGAAAGCGUGCAGCAGCAUCUUUGGAACCAACGACACCCAGCUCAGAUUCUUCAGCGGCGCCACCGAGCUGACCGGCAAGGCCGACCUUCACAGUCUGAGCGGUAAAACUCUGUCGGUGACUUCAGGGUCGGCCUCUCUAAGCCCCGCCCCCACCACCGACGCCCUCCUGUGUCCUUACAUCAACCUGAUGCUCUGCAACGCACAGCCGGCUGAGUGCCAGGCCGGAGAGGUGGCCACCCUCCUGCUGGCCAACCCGGCGGGCCAGAACGCACUGGACCGCUCCGGGCUGCUCUCCGAGGCCGCCAAGGUGUUCGGCCUCCGCGGCAGGCGGCUCCGGCUCUACCUGGACCAGGACCUGACUCAGGAGUUGCCCGCUGAUUCAUCAGUAAAGUCUCUCGACACCAAAACGCUGUUUGUGAGAGUUUCUCCCACCACAGCCGAAGCCUAAGCCCCACAGCACGGGAUCGUUUGUGUCCAACGCGUCACCCUCUGUCACUUUUUUACCAUCCUGCACCCCAGCGAUGAACUCUGUGUCCGGCGUGUAAAGAAGCUUCUCUCGGGGAUUUCCUGGUUUUCUGACUGUUAAUGUUUCAGAGGUUAAUGCAGGACUUUUGGAGGAAGAUUUCAGCCUACAUGUCAAAGGUCAAACAAGCUGUCCUGUCGUAUUCAGACCGAUUCCUUCCUCUGUGCUUCAUGACAGUUACUGUACGUGUGUGUGUGUGUGUGUGUGUGUUGUUGGGGUGUAUUCUGUGUGAACCGAGUGGUUUGACGGUUUGCACCGAGCCGACGGCGCGGAGUAGCUGUUUCUGAAAACUGGCAACAGAACAAACACAAAGGUUCAUUCAGCGACUCUUGGAAAUGAAGAUUCUAGGAAACGGUGUAACUCGAUUAACUGUCAGUAUCACCAGUGGAUGCUUUUCUUUAUUACGACAAUGGUGGGAGCUCCUUCCCUUCAAGGAUUAUUUGAGGUAAGAUUAGUCCAGAGUAAUUAUUGCUUUGGCUCAUAAUUGGAGAAGCCAUUUGGCCCAUUGUGCUCAUACCACCAUUUUGAAUUUAACAGAUAAACCUAUUGUGCUCAUUGCAUUGGAAAUCCUUUGACAAUAGAAAAGGCAUUUAAAAGGUGAAAUGGAUUUUUGGGCUGUUGUACCUUUGGGACGAAGGGGCUCUGCAAUAAAAAAGAAAAAGAG